GCCAGAUCGAAGGUCUCUCAUAAGGUCGGCCACCACGCCCAUGGCCACGACCUUGAAGCGUGAUGACCGACAACAAAUCCUACCACCGAGAUUGCAGGCCAAUUCUCCAGACCAGUCGCUCAUUAUGCACGCCCUUCCCGCAACUCUCGUCACCCUCAUUCUGUCCAUCGUGGGCACAACAGCAGCUGCUGGCAGCGAUGGCCUACCUCAGGCCACCAAGUACAUCGACAGCAACUCAAACAUUACAUUCCUCGGCUAUGCGAACCAAGGAUUUCACUUCGGCAUGGCCCUGCCCCAGGACCCCAAAGACGACCUUAUAGUCCAGCUCGUCUCACCCUUAAAAGACGGGGCCGGAUGGGGCGGCAUCGACUUCGGCGCCUCCAUGACAGGGCCCCUGAUGGUCGUCGCCUGGCCCAACACGGCCAAAGACAACACCGUCAUGAUCUCGCCCCGCGUUGCCACCGGCUACGAGAUCGACAACGGCGCCAACCCCUACAAGGCGAACCCCAUCACCAUCACCCAGAUCCCGGACGGCACCUUUGUCAACGACACCCACGUCUCCGCCACCUUCGUCUGCGGCGGAUGUCUCAACACGGACUCGUUCGGCGCCGCAAAUACGACGGCUACUUUUGCGUACGCGUACGCGUAUAAUCCCGUCGCCGACCCCGCCGACCCCGACACCCCACUGUCGGACCACACUGCCAACGGCGAGCCCUACGGCGCUUUUGGGGUCGCUGUUGCGCAGGCCAUGAGCGGCGAAUAUUCCAAUUGGGCUGCUCUGACUGAACCCGCUGCCGCCGCUUCUGGAACGGCCUCGGCUGGUGCCUCGGCGACGAGUGGGGCUGGGGUGGCUUCCCAGACUGGUUCGUCAUCAUCUUCAUCGUCGUCGUCCGGUGGCCAGGGCGGGCACUCUGCCUCGUCCGUCGAGUACUCCGACGUGUCUGGGCUAAGCGGCGGCGCCAUAUUCGCACUUGUAGGCGUUGGUUUGAUAUAUGUGCUACAGGCAGUUCAGAUCCUAUGAGAUACCCCCUUUUUCUUCAACUUGAAUGUUUUCGUCUUUUAUAUUACAGGCGUCCGGGUCUUCGUCUGGUGGGACACAUUUCGAGCUGGCUUUCGCUUGUGGGCAGAGUUCCCUGCGGCGUUGUUAGAGGGGCGAACAGGCGUGUUUUGCGAGUAUUUUGGAAGCCUUGGAGGAAGGCAGCCGGCACCUGGGCAGGAAUGGAAUACGGGGGGAGACCGCCGAACGGGACAGCUUUCCUUCCAAUGAAGCAUGAAACGGUUGCUAGAAUCUCGCUGGUUUCUUG